AUGCCAUGUGUUAGGGCGCUGAGGCAUUGGGAGGUCAGGCCCACGUCCACUCUGCAGGGGAUCAGACGCACCAGGGCCCUGAUGUGGCAGCAGAUGCGUGGACUGGCCCGGGCCUGCAGACACAGUGUGGGGUACAGGGUGAACUACAAUGACUCCGUCCAAGAGGAGCAGGAAAUGGUGUGCCUUGAGGUAUGGCCAAAAACUUCUUAUUUUCCAAUCUGCACCUCUGUGAUAAAAAGAUAACAUCCUCAUUACCAUACUGUAAUACUUGAUGACGCAAAAACAAUAAAAGUCACCAAACUAUAAAGUAAAAGAGGCAAAAAGUUCACUUUGUAGUACCCUGGGGACGUAUUUAAGAAACUUUCUGAGCGAAGUGAUAUUUUUUGCUGAUGCUCUAGAAUGAAGCCAUGAAUUAAAAACAAAACAAGUGAGUUUCAGAAAAUGCUAAAUAAAGGAGCCUGAUUUACUAUCUGAGGCGCAGUAGCAGUAUACUAAUACACAUCUGUGAAACUCUCCUUGGUUUUUAUCAUCAACUGUGUGCAUUAAAUGAGGCAUCCAUCAUGUUUGUGUUUGUUAUAUAAUUAAAACUAGAUUACUCCUCUUCAGGCAGCAGCUUCUUUCUACUUCCUCAAACUUCUAUUCAGGGAAGUACUACCUGUCUGAAUGAGGCUUAAGAAGAUUAAGAGAACAUGGUUUGUCUUUAAAUAGUGCGAUGCCAGUGAUUGAGAUUCUAAAUACAGUUUUGCAGACAGUUUUGCAGACAGAUAUGAUACGUGAUUAACAUCCCAAUGCAAAGCUGAAUGGUAAACAAUGGUUUGAGGGAGACGUGAAUACGCUCAGUCUAAAAAUAGGCUGGGAUUUUGCUCAGAGUUUGGCAGCAGAAUUAUUCUGAGAAUUAGAUAAAUAAAGACUUCCAAUAGCUGUCUCUACUUUGUUACUAUCUCCAGCGUGAGAGGCGACUGAAAGAGUCAUCAGUAAACAGAGAGACUGUUUUGAGAAGUGAGAUUGAGGACAGAGGAGGACAUAAACAUGACACAAAUGUUUGUUUACCAGCUGUCCACAAGCAGGGAUGAGAAUCUUGUUUCACUCUUCUGCAUUCAAACAUAGGACUUCAUAGAAAUAACAGUAAAUACUGUAAAUCACAACUAGCAACACAAACAUGAAAUGACUAUCACCUCAAUUUAGCAUCACGUCCUGUUAGCAGAGUUAAGACUUAGAUGAAAAGUUAAAAAUUAAAGAUAGCAGAUAACUAUCUUUUUAAUUCCAAACUUUUUUCAGCAAAAUCUGAUGUUAAAAAUCAAACACAAUGCAAUUCAACAGCAAAGUGGUCUGAGAUUCAGGUGUAUUAUGCUAGUAGCAGCUAAUAUAGCAUCACUCAGUUGGCCUCAAGCAGAGAUUAGAGGUGAGCUCUUGAGGUCAUCUGAGGUAAACUGCUUUUAACUUCACAACUUCUUUUUUUUCAAGUUUUUAUCAACAACUUUGGUAACAUCACAUGAAGGAUUUGUCAGACUUUGUGCACCCCCCUUUUGAGCUUAAACAUCUUUGUUGAAGUGUUUUAAAGCUCCUUUGAGAAACUUUUGUAGAGCAGUCUUUAUGCAGUCCUCUUUCUUCAUAGGGUCUUUUCAUAAAAACCUGCUUACUUAAACAGUCAAAUGUAUCAUUUAUUGUUCAUUUUUGAUGAGUAAAAUAUAAAAACUGUUUUUUUUUCUUCAGCUGCUAUAAAGACACCUACCCCCUGACACUGGUUUGAGGCAUUAAAAAUUGCAGAAUAAAAAUAGAUAAAUAUGUCUCUAAUGAGCAUGUUUGCUUUUGUAGGCAUCCAAAUAAAUUUCAGCUUAUUUCAUUAAUGUAAAAAAACUCCUUACUGGAGCUUUAACAUAAAUAGGACUCCAGUUGAAACUUAAAUUUGUAAAAUUUGUUGAGUUCCCUUUGAAACAGAGAAAAAAGUCAGUUGUAUUUGUUGUGGUAUUUGUAUGAUUUUCAGAUGAGAAAGACUAUAACAUGAUAUUUUUCAUUUACUUAAAUUUGAGGCUGAAACUCUUGCAGAAUUUUUCAAUAUUAUAUUUCAUGGCAAAGUAUACACAGGUAAUAAAUCACACUAACAACUGGUGGUCUAAAAUUAGUUUGUCCAGUAAGAGAAAAGGAGGUGCUGUGCAACUACUAGAAGGACCUGAGUACCUUUCAUCAUCAUGGCACAAAUACUGAUUCGCUGUCUGAGCCUUUGGUACACUUUCAGGACAUAAAGCCCCUGUAAGUGUAAUGAAAACACCUUUCUGUUCUUGAAAACAUCCUUCUGUAUAUAAGGUUUAAAUUGUUGGUAUCCUAUAGACUAAGCAAAGAGAAUGCAAUUAAAAGAGGUCUCACCCUAAAACAUUUAUAAUCUUUUAUACAUUAUUGUAAGAGAUGAGAUUGUCCCGACGGUCCAACAGUCUCUUGUGUCAUACUUAAUUCAUAUAUGCAUUCAUAUGAGGCUCUGCCAUUGCAUCAUAAGGCCUUUCUAGUUGUUAUCUAAUACGCAGUGUGAUCCAGACAUUGGUUGAGAGAUAACUGCCAUGGCGAUGUAAAGUGCAUGCCUCUUAACCCUUAAUUUCAAAGUAAUUGUCAGCGGUGCAAAGAGACCCCGAGGUUCACUUCCACUUAAUUACCAUCGAUAGUCUGGGGAGCACAUUUUGAAAGGAGAACUGUCUUGUCAGGUGUGUUCGUGUAAUUUUAAGGAUGCUCAGAGAUAUGAUUUGAAAUAAUUAUAAUCAGAGUCUACGUCCUGGUUCGGUGACCCUUAGGGCAGUUUGGAAGGUUCAGCAAGUUUCUUCUCGUUGAAUAGAAACUAUCAGGAAAUGUGGGAAUGUACAAAAGGAAAAACAAAGACUCAUAACAAAGACCUUUGAAAAUGUCAUUUUACUCCAUUGAUAAUAGUGAUGCAGACUGUCAUCUGCCCUCUGCACAACCUUGGCCUCAUCUUGCACUGUGCCAUCUAUGGGUUGUUUGUAUCAUCCUGCAUAUUUGCACACAUCUAUUCAAGUUUGAGUGGUUUAACUUUCAAUAAUAAGUUCAUCUACAUUCUAUUUACAGGGAAAUUGCACUGGGUACAUUAGAUCUGGUACAUUUUUCUAUGAAUUAGUGUCCUUAUUCUUCUAUGAGCUUAUUUGAACAGGAACAGCGAUGGUACUGUUUGCUGUCAGUGUUGUCAUCCUGUUUCAACACCUAUUCUGCAGAUUCAACUUUCAUUUUGUGGGACAAGAACAAAAAAUGUCAAAGUCGACUUAAAGAGUCAUUUACAAAAGGGAUGUUUGGAAAAAAAAAAGACGUAAAACAGAUAGAGAGUUCAAAGAAAGAGAAAGAUUAUUUAAAGCAAUUACCAACAAAAUAAGCAGAAGAUCAAAUCAAACAGGAGGAAUCUGAUUAUUUCUGCCAUGGCUGAACUUUUAUCCUCCCCUUCAAAAUGCUCACAGAGGCUGUGCGUGAUCUGUGUAGGUGUUAAGUCGGUAACACACUUCCUCUCUACAUACGCCUAUCAGCAUGUUGAGCUACUGUGAUUGAAUCUACAGUUAAUUCAAUCUUCCUCAGAGCUUCACAAUGCUUUCAGUCCCCUUUAAUCAUACAUUGCAAAGACUUUAUUUAAGUCACCCAGGUUUGGCCUCCUCCUCACUAUAACCUUGUGUGUGUACACUCCCUCCUCCUCGUGGCUUUGUGCCCUCACAGGGAAAAGUCUGUGUGUAUGCAAUUGUCGAAUUACAACAGUAAAGAGUAUCAUUUGUUGCUUUCUGGCAUGCGUGUGUUUGUAUCAAUCUUACAUGGCUAUUUGUGGGCUGUGUGUUGCAUAACAUGAACACAGGGGAAGGUGUUAAAUGAAGUGUUGUAGAGGAAAGUCACAUGAUCACAUCUCUGGAGGGGGAUAAAGAUGCGUGGAUGCUCGGGGCAAGCCCCCAGUUCAGCACAGAGAGAAAGUAAUUCAUCUGGACGUAGCUGAGCACAAAUCCUUUCCUUUCCCCUUGUUUUGACAAGAUAACAGCACAGAGAAACGCUCACCCAUAUCAUAGAUCAGAGGAAGGUCUGUGUGUGGACACUGAGAGCUGUUCUCGAGUCUUACAGGCGUUUUUAGUUUGCUUCUUUAAACAGCGUAGGAGGAGUAAGAUUAGUUUCAAGGCACAUCCUGAAUAACUCUUUGCCAUAGUCACAUGUACAAAUUUGGUGAAUCAUUAGAUAAUAUACAUUAUAGUGUAGCAGAUGUCUGCUGAAUAGGGUGAGCGCCAUCUGGUGUUUGAACAAAGGAAAAUAUGAUGUGUAUGUUGAAGCAAAGUAAGGCUGAAAGAAGACUGAAGUUAAAGGUUUGAUUAAAAUGGAUAUUCCACUUUCUCUGGCUUAGUUUUACAGCAAACAGUCACAGAAUUAUGUCACAGAAUUAUGUCAGAGAUUAGAGAUCCUGUUGUGGAGAUUAUAUCUUCAAACAUGGGCAUAACAUAAGAAAUUUAGAAGAGCACAAAGGCUUUGUAGGUGAGCAGAUGCUUUACUGCCAUUUGCAUGGAGAACACCAUGAUAGUGUGGAGUUAAAGCUACCUUUAGAUGGCAGUGUUGUCAUCUGCUUUAACACAGGUUACAGGUCUUUACUGUAGAUUACAGAGCACAUAAAGGGACUCACAAAGCACUUUAUAAGGGAAAUGAAAUGAUAAACUACUGCAAUGUGCCAAAAUGUAAUCUAUGUGGUUAUUAUGAAAGAUUAUGAUUUGAUUUAAUGUUCUUAAAGCUGCAUUGAUUAAACUGAUGUUUGACUGUAGGGCUGAGAGAGAAUUGAUUUCAAACUUUUUCAACCUUAUCUUAAUUCUGAUUUAUUUCUUUACUUGCACUGAUUGAAAAAUUGGUUGACAUAAACUUCUGUAAAAAUAAUCAGCACAUAAACCAAUACAUCCAGCAAUCUUUGGCAUAAAUAAUUGAUGGAAUAGAGACACUACAGAUCAUCAUUGUUGCAUGAAGAAAAAACAAAGAUGUAAUGUGGCACUGCAGCUACAAAUCUCUCCGAUCCCUAAGCUGCCUCUGAAAACUCAGAAAUAAAGCUAAGCUUAUACAUGAAUACAAAAAUCAGCAGUCUGGAGGAUCCAAGGCUCGUUAUGCAUGACUUUAGGAACAUGCAAACAGGAUACGAGGGCACAUUUGUGUGACAAGCAGAUUAAAACUCACUCAUAGUGCAGAAAUGUAAGGCUCAGAUUUACAAAUGACUCGACGCUGUCAGUGAAAGUCAUGCUAUCCUUCAGUCAGAUUCAAUGGAAAUACCGAUCGCUCCCCUCUUUCAGCUUGUGGCUGUUUCAGCACCAUGGACAGCAAUUGCAUGCAAACCAUUACUGGGGCAAAGAGAAAAAACUACAUAUGUAACUAGAUUUUCCCUCAGAGUCUGAAAUUCAACAGGAGCUCGGUUGUCUGCCUGAUGUGUUACUGUUUUGGCGUCAUUUUUAGCCCCUCUUUCUCCUCUUUUUAAACUGACUUCAUGCAGCCUUGUUUAGUAGUCAUUCCACGAGAAUAAAUCAAAUUGGACCUAGACAUUUUCACAUUUUUGACCAUAAUGUAUUAUUUGGAUAUCCCACAGCAUUAAGGACAUCUUUAAAUUUCAGAAAAACAUAUUUUCCCAUCUCAGGCAUUAGUUUUAUAUUAUAAUAUGUCAUUAUUUUGAGAUGUGGUCACUGGUUUUCUUCAACACCGUUACGGACAAUACGUAAGCUCUCUGAAUAUGAUAAAAAAAUAUAUAUUUUCAAAGAAUGUAAUAUAUUUAUAUCAGUCAGGUGUCCCCCACACUAUUUUAACAAUUUUAAAUACAAAAAUGACAGUCAACAAACAUUAGAUUAUCUCUCACAGUUAAUUUAAUGUUGAAAAAAAUACAAUUGGGCUCAUAUCUUUCAAGAUUUUUGGACUCCAUUGUUUUCAGAAUUGGACAAUUUCUUCAGGAGGGACCGAUGACUAUUUGUGGUUUAUUAGGUGUCUAUUUGUAUGUGCAUGUAUAUGGAUAUGUUCACAUGUGUGGCCUAUAUUGUAUGUUUGCACAUUUGGAUACAGUUCUUUGAUGUUAUUGUUGCUGCCUUUUUCUUUUUUAUUUAUUUAUUUGUUUGUUGGCCUACUUUUCUUUUUUUUUCUCUUUGUAAUGUGCUCGUCUGAUUCUGUGCUCUUUAUUUGUUGGUAUAUAGAUAUGUUUAUUUAUUUUAUCCAUCCAUUUUCUACUGCUCCCGUUAAGGGUCGCUGGGGGGGCUGGAGCCUAUCCCAGCAUCUUCGGGCGACACCCUGGACAAGUCGCCAGUUCAUCGCAGGGCUGACAUACAAAGAUGAACAACCACAUUCACACGUAGGGGCAAUCUGAAAGUGGCCAAAUAACCUAACCCGAAGUAAACCCACGCAGACACAGGGAGAACCAUAGACUGUAUAUAGAAUGGACAGCGUCUGCCUCCUCGCUGGAUGAGGCCACUCUGAGAACGGCACCCUCUGGUGACGGGCUGCAGUAAAGGUCAUAAAUCCCGCCUCCGCCAGCAAAGCUUAUGGGACUGUGGGCAAACUUUAGAAAUUUAUUACACAGAACAUACAUUUUUCUCUCCCCUGCUUGCGAUGUUGACAUGUAGUUAUUGUAAGACUGGUUUGUGCUCAAGUCCUCUUUUUUCUGUGCAGCUCUGUUUUUUUAAAAGUUAUUAGGGGGGUUCAUGUUUUCUUUGAUUGACACCUGAUACAGCCUAUGAGCGUUCUUGGAUUGCGUAGCUCACCCGGGGGGAUACAAUGUUUGAGCCGAGCGUCAUCACAGCGACUCUCGGCAACUCUCCCGCCAAAUGCGCACAACGCUACUGCGCAGCGCUGAUUUCAGGAAAUGAAGAAAAAUCCCGGAAAUACCGAGAGCUUUUUGGCUUCAAAUCCGUACACAGGCAGGAGGUUGUCCAAGUUGUCCAUAGUAUAUACAGUCUAUAGGGAGAGCAUGCAAACUCCACACAAAAACGCCCUGAGCUGGAUUCAAACCCAGGACCUUCUUGCUGUGAAGCAACGGUGCUAACCACUACACCACUGUGCCACCCUAUUUAUUUUGUUUUGUUUUGUUUUUCUUUGUCUCUCUGUUCUGUCCCUAGAGAGUGAUGGGGAGGGUUGGGAGGGAGAAAACAUUAUUUUUUUUUUGGUUGUUAUAUCAAUAUGAAAUAAAAAAAAGAAAAAAAUUCAUUCUUAUUUUUACACAGUAUUAAGAAAGACAUUUUAAUGUACAUGUAAAGCUGAUUAAAUAUAAAUUCUGGUGACCUAUUAGAUUAAAUACAUCUUAAAAAGUGAGAGGGACUCAUUUUUUGCUAUUUCCAUGACAUGACUCUUGGCUUGGCCGUCCAGUUUAAGGGUCUCUCACAUACUAAGGCACAGGUUAAAGGACCUGCACUGUCAACCUGUGCCUCACUGACUGCCGGGCUUUACGCUCAUCACUGGGCUACUACGAGUUGAGAGAGAAGACGCAUGCGUACUGACUUGAAGCAGCCGGUCGGGGGGAAAAAAGCCUUAUGUGCCAUCGGAUGUAAUCAAGGCAAAGAAUUACCUCUUCUCGCUGUGCAUACAUGGUGAAAUUGUAAGUACUGGUAGCAAACAGAUGUAUCAUUGCACGGACAGUUUCUGAUCGGAGCGUUUGACGGCGUUUCCAAGCGUUUUUAAAUGGGCAUGUCACUAUCUGCGCUGUAUAGUGGGCUUUUAACAGAUCUAGGCAGUGUCUUUUCGGUGGUUGUCCAGGGCGAUGAAGCUCUUACGGUUCUUCAUGGUGGCACUUUCCAUUGAUGUGAUGUACGAGCUGCUAAAUGUCAUGUUUUUUUCUCUGCCGUUCACAUAUUGAGAAGCCAUUGAAUCCCAAAGUGUCGAUGACAUUUUCUGCUACAGUGAGGUUGUUGGAAGAAUGGUGGUUUUUAUUUGGUGUUAUCGUGGUUUCUCCUUUUGAAUGAAUACGACCAUCCCCACCCCCCAUUUCAUCGUCUAUAGCUGUUGAGUCAAGCCAUAGCGUACUGCAAUUGUGUCAGCUUUUGAAGCACCCGACACCCAACGCGUAAAAUAUGCCAUUUGGCAAGACGCACGAGAUGUGCAGCUCGGGAUCAGUGUGAAAAACCCGCGCGCGGAUCCAUUUUAGAAAUGACCAAAUGGGAUUGUAUUCAGUGAAAGGCUGUGAUAGAUAGAGCGAUGCUGCGGUUAUAGAUUUGCAAGCUGCGCCUUCGGGCCCCCCUCCCCUCCCCUCCCCUUCCAUGGACCAAAUCUCCUGACAUUCCCCCCCCCCCCUUUUUUUUUGUAAAGCAUCGUUUCUAGUGUCAGGUGUAGUAGCUGGAUGAUGCUCUGUUACAUAAAUGAUCUGACAGGAUUUGUCAGUGUCUGACCCGGUGAUGACACAUUUGUUAAAUACAGGCAAGAAGUCAGUCUGUGAGUGGAGCCUGUCGGUUGUCCAUUCAGGCCUAUAAAGCUUAAUGGGCACCUCAGGAAUAAAAAUCCUAAUAUAUGUGUAUUAUUCUCAGGGGGAUGUAAUUUACUGCCUACAGACUCCCUGCCUGAGUGAUCAAUGCAUAUCCUUAAAUGCACCUCAGUCUGCACUAAUGUUAAAUUGUAAGUUUUAGAUAAGGCACACUGAGCCCAUAGUCAACCAUCUGUCUCUUUCACACAUGCAGUUAGAGUGUAAGAAGGAACAUGCAGCAAGUUGUAAAUAGAGGGUCUGAUAUGUGCUUUGGAGGGUGCAUAUUUAAAUGCAAGGGGAAAUUUAAUAAGCAAAUUAUUUUUCCACACUUUGCACGAAAAAGAGGAAACAGCAUUCCUUUGCUGCAUGACCUCUGAGCAUGCCAGCACAUGCUCAGACCAGACAGCACCAGCACACACAACCAAUACAUACAGCAACUUGUGCGUGGAAAAUUAAAAAUAUCUAAUUCAUAGUUACCAUGGUGAGAGUGAUCAAAGUCCGAGUAAAAAAAAAUGGAUGCACUGUCCAGAUUUCACACAACAGGACAUCAUGUGAAGCCUCUUUCUGUAUCAGUGACAUGCUUGGAAGAAAAUUCUUAGCUCACCACUGUUCCUGACAUCUUAACACUCACCUCAGUUCCUCUCCUCUCUGCUCCGUCUGCAGCCCAUGGGAUCAGAGCGGAUGGAGAUGCGAAAGAGGCAGAUGUCGGUGCAGCAGGAGUCGGCAGCGGGGGGAACUGCACCGGCCCAGCAGGGCCAGCCGGGCCAGGCCAAUCCACGGGGCUCAAACGCGUGUUGCUUCUGCUGGUGCUGCUGCUGUAGCUGUUCCUGGUAGGUCUUCUCCCCAGCUGAGAAGUCACUCGUUGUGGCCCAGCAUGGCAGACAUUACUGCACACAGGCUAGCACAGCCUGAGCUACUGAGUCUCAGCAGCAGGCUUCAGCUACUGUGUUAUGUUGGUUGAUGCUUUUUGCUCGUGGUAUUUGGACCUGUAGCAGUCGUGUUACAGUUUAAAAAAUGCCUUAUAAUUGAUAUGUUUCUGCUGCUAAUUCAAGAGAUGUGAGUGUUUGAAAUAUCAGAGAUUAUUGUGGAUUAAUCAAGCAAGAAGCCAAAUGGUCUGCCCAGGAAACUGAACUCUUUCAAUAUUUGACAAUCUCAAAAAAAUGGCUACGCUUUUCUCUUGUACUCUGUAAAACCGGAGGACCUUAUAAAUUUCUUUAAGAUAUGUUUGUAGUUGGUAUUUCUCUACCUGAACUUUAUCAUGAGAACUACUGAUAUCUGACUCAUCAUUUAGGCAUUGAAAUGUCAGAAAAGUUUGUAAAAUGUUCAUUGGACUUUCUGAUACUCAAGGUGGCAUCCUAAAGGGGCAUAUUUGUCACACCUAUGGUCUUAAAUCUUAAGAUAAAUCAAGUAGAAAACUUCGAAUGCCAGAAAUAUUUGGAUUUGAGAACUUGGGACCUGAAAAAUAUUGUCAGUUUUGUAUAAAAUUGAUGUGAAAAUAUGUGACGGUUACUUAAACAUCAUUCAAGUAAAUAAUAACCAUGACGGCUUGAAUACAAACAGUAAAAGUUACUUGCUUUACAAAACGUUUCUUUGUGGCGUGUAGAAAAUGUUACAUUUAAAACAAUAGAAAAAAUAUUAUCAUGUUAUUAUGGUUAAAUGUUAAUGUUAAUGUGUUUUUGCAAUUCAUCGUCGGUUUUGUUCCUGCGUGCUGCAACUUUCAGGAAUGAAGAACGGGAUGACAGGAAUCGAAAAGCUUCCUACGACGUCAAAGAGGGGACCGCAGACUGUGAAGACUGGUAUGUCGAUUUCUCCUACCUAUCAUAUUUGUGGAGAUAAAAUACUGGAUUUCCUCACACUCAUGUUGUCCUCCCGUCCUGCUAGUCCUAAACCCACGUUGGAGGAGGUCCGCUCAUGGGGGCAGUCGUUCGACAAGCUGAUGUGCUGCCCGGCAGGGAGGAACUCUUUCCGACAGUUUCUCCGCACUGAGUUCAGCGAGGAGAAUAUGCUCUUCUGGUUAGCCUGUGAGGAAUUCAGCAAAGAGGCCAAUAAGACAGCGAUAGAGGAGAAGGCUCGGAUCAUCUACGAGGACUACAUCUCUAUUCUCUCGCCUAAAGAGGUCUGCCUUCGCUUUAUUUCACUGUUACUAAAAUGGGUUGAGAUUGAGAUUUUAUGUCCAGAGAAAGACGAGGUUCAAAAUCUUAUGUAUGUAUGAAUCUAAAGCUUGCAACCAGUUUUACACAAACAGCUGAAUGAGGCAAAGUGUUAACAUUGUACUCUGCACUUUCCUGACAUGUUGGAACUGGUUUCUUUAUCUGCCCGAAAACCUUUAAGCGUUGAGACAUAAAUUUGCCAUCUUACAAGCAAUUACAGGCUUGACUUACUGCCCAGCUCUGAGCAGUUAAACCAGGCAAACAGCCAAGCCUGCUGAAAGUUAACUAUCCCUGACGAAUAAUAUGUCAGAGCAUAACCUGUUGUGAUAAAGAUAAUUGUCUUACAGUUCUUUUUAAAGGAUCUGAGACAAAAGAUGUAAAAGAAAUAAUAUUAGAGGUGAUUUGAGUUGAAUUUUGUCAUCUUUAGACUGCUGAUGGUCAAGAAUAUACUGUCAAUUGUCAAAGCUAUCCCUUGUUAAUUGGAAAAUGUCCACAAACUAUUCUUGCUCAUUCGUCCCUCUUCUUGACCACCAGGUGAGCCUCGACUCCCGUGUGCGAGAGACGAUCAACAGGAACAUGCAGGAGCCCACCUUGCACACGUUUGACGAUGCCCAACUUCAGAUCUACACACUAAUGCAAAGAGACUCAUAUCCGCGCUAUAUGAACUCCCCAGCCUACAAAAACCUGCUCAACACUCUGUCAGAGCAGUCCCCUGAAUCUUAG